GAAUAUCAUCACCAUGGCCGAAGCACAUCCACACAAAUGGCUUAUCACUUAUAACUCGAUUUCUACUUCCUUGUGGACAAUUGUCUUGUUUAACUCGGUGUUUUUGGGCAUAGCAUUGGGGCAGCCCUUGGUGUUUGAGAAAACCAACAAAAUCAACACCCUCAUCCAAACCGUCGCAUUGGUGGAGGUGGUUAAUGCUGCCACUGGAAUCGUUAGAGCCUCUUUGUUCACUACGGGAAUGCAGGUAUACUCUCGGUUACUUGUGGUGUGGGGAAUCUGGCAAUUUUUACCCGAAAGCCCUGCUAAUGAUCACUGGAGUUAUAUUUCAGUGACCAUUGCUUGGGCCUUAAGUGAGAUUGUCAAGUACAGUUACCAUGCCUCCAGUUUAAUGGGGAAUGUUCCAUACUGGUUAGCUUUCAUUCGAUACACUGCUUUCAUAGUCUUGUAUCCAGUUGGUGUUGGUUCGGAGAUGUUAAUCAUGUACCUUUCAUUGGAUGUUGCUAGGGCCGUGGCAGGUGAUUUGAUGUACUACUUCCUUAUUAUCAACUUGGCCUUCUACAUUCCAGCUUUGGUGCACUUGUACACUCAUUUGUUGAGGCAGAGAAAGAAGGUAUUGGGUAAGUACAAGAAAGAAGCAGUUGAAAAGAAGGAACAAUAAGCAGAAUUGGCUUAUAAACUUGAUUGAAGCUCAAAUUAAUUAUUUAGUCUGUCAAACUAGUGUUCUUAAUCUCCAUAAUGUAGUUCUUGGGUCGACCGUCUCGGGUAAUUACAUUCUUGCACGCUUUGUAGUCUACGGUCAAUACUGCAUCUAGAAUGCUCCUUAAGUAUUUACAAGAUACGGUAAUGCUGAACUAAUUUUCGAUUGUGCCCAUCCGGUUAAUUAUUCUCUCGAUGUACGUCGUUAUUGUAUCUUCAGUAUCAAACUGCCAUGCUUCUUCUGUUGUACUCGAUGGCCUCAUGAAUUUCAAAAACCGAUACCUAUCGUUGGGAUUAUGGUUCUUGUUCUGUUCGAACACAAUCUUAAUUUUCGAUAUAAUGUAUUCUGGUGAAUGCACAAUUGACAACUUGGCCAAAACGGUGUUGAUGAGAUAGUUGGGUACGUAUUGGUACCACCGUAAGUUCCAACUAAUCAUCUUGAUGAUAAUCAAAAGAAUUACAUCAAGUGGUAGAAGUUCUGUUUCCACUGCUUUCGUAAAAGUUUGGAAUACUUUUUCAUUUUGUUUCAAUAUCAAUUUGUUGGUAAAUAGCGACUUGUUGUAGCUGUUGGUGAAUAUAUCUAUUUGGGAGUCAUUAACAUCACUUAAAACAAACUCAUCGUAAAGUGCCAACACCUGAAUUGACCCAAAGUAAUUAAAUCCAUGACUUCCACUAUCACCCAUAACAGCUGUUAUCAAUGAGCUUAUUGAGGCUUUCAAAUGAUAUUUAACGUUCCAUCCUAAUAAUCCCAACACCUCCCAUUCUAAUGCACUGUGAUUUUGUUCUCUUUCUGAAGAACUUAUGGAAAUAAGUAUCUUCAAGUCCUGAAUAAUCACCAU